UGUGCAUUUGAAACUUCAAACGAGGCUCCGGCAAUAGAACAAUUGUAAUGGCGGAACAAGUAUGUCCUAGGUGCAAGACUACCUCUUAUCAAAAUCCAAACCUGAAGCUGCUGGUAAAUGUAUGUGGUCAUAAGCUUUGCCAAACAUGCGUGGAUGUGCUUUUUACAAGGCCGUCAGCAGCUUGUCCAGAAUGCAACACCCCACUGAGGAGAAGUGAUUUCCGAAUCCAACAGUUUGAGGAUUCAUUCGUGGAAAGGGAGAUAGAUGUAAGAAAGAAAAUUGUCAAAGUUUUUAACAAGAGGGAAGAAGAUUUCUUGGAGAAUGAAGAUCCGCUAAGAGCAUAUAAUGACUAUCUUGAAGAAAUUGAAGUUAUAAUUUUUAAUUUAGUAAAUAAAAUAGAUGUGGAGUCAACUAAAAAGAAAGUUGAAAAAUACAAAAAAGAAAAUGAAGCUGUCAUUAGAAAAAUAAAUUCAAAAUUAAGCCAGGAAUCUGAAAGAGUAAAACUACAGCUUGAGGUUGAAGAAAAGGAAGCUGAAGAAAGGAGAAAGAAAUUUGAGUUAAAGGAAGAACAUGAGAAGAAAGCCAAAAAUAAGGAAAAAGAUGCUUUAAUUGAUGAUCUAAUCCAUGCAAAUGCUUCAGCUGACGAAGUAUUGGCAAGACAUCACAUGACAAAGCUUCAAAUAAAGAAAGAUGAAGAGAAAAAGUCCAUGUUUUUCCAAGGGAAAUCCAAGUCAUCUAAUACUGGAACUUCGAAACUACCCAUCAAGGAAGUACCAUUAUACAAAUAUGAACCUUUAAGUAUAAAUGUUUGUGGCCCUGAUGUUCCUAGCAGUGAAGAUAUUCAAGGAAAAGGGUACUCAAAGAAUGUUCGUCCUGCAACAGCUCCUGAAAAAGCUGCAGGAUACACAGAAUCAAUUGCAUGUCAAAGAGCCAUUUCAGAAGCUUUCAAUGGAUUGUUCUUAUAAUUUCAGCUCAUUUCCACUAUUGUCUAGCAUACUUAUGUGUAACAAAGUAGAAAUCUGUUAAAAACUUAAAUUAUUGGGCAUAUUAUUUCAGUCUUUGUCUCUAAUCUAAUACUAUUGAUGUUUACAGUUUCA